UUUACGAGCAACUUCUGCUCCACACAACACAAUCCAUUUUCUCAGACUCUCGGUCAGCAACAAACGGAGCGUGCAUGCCAGGAAUGGCAAUACUGAAGAGCCCCUCCGUCGACAGCGACGCGAGUGGUACGACCACGAGCUUCCUUCCGAACGACAUCGAGCUGGGCGGCGACCUGCUCGCCGAGAUCAUCCGGCGCCUUCCGCUGGACUCCGUCGCGCGCUCCAGGGCCGUCUCCAAGAACUGGCGUGGCGCUAUCUCCGACGGCUACCUCCGCCGCCGCCUACCCCUGCACAUGUCCAUGAUCUGCUUCCCCGACAACGACGACCCGUUCGGCGGCGGUGGCGGUUUAAGCGUGCCCUUGUUCGCGUGCGCCGCAGAGGGCCGCCGGCUCGAGGGCCGCGACCUCGGCUUCUUCCCGUUGCACGACCGCGCGGUCGUCUGCGACGGCUGCAACGGCCUGCUCCUCUGCCGCACCCCCGGCACGCCGGACUUCUACGUCGUCAGCCCGGUGACGAGGACCUGGGCGGCGCUGCCGAGGCCGGCCAAGGACGCCUCCCUGUCCGUGCUGGCGUUCGACCCGUUCGGCACCUCCCCGCAGCAGCACUACCACGUGAUCAACUUCACCGGCUGGCGCGACCGCGGCGCGGCGGUGGAGGUGUUCUCGUCCGAGGCGCGCGCGUGGACGGCGCACGAGGUGGACUUCGGCGGCGUCCCCGCGGGCUCCCUCUCCGGCGCCUCGGUGCACUGCCACGACGGCGCCGCGUACUUCCUCGCCUCCGACCCGGACUGCGUCGUCCGGAUGGACCUCGCCGCCGGGUCCGGGCUCGCGUGCACCAUCGUCGCCCUGCCCGAGCCGUCCGACGGCCACGGGCGCCUCGCGCACUGCGGCGGCCGCCUGCACUACGUCUGCAGCGACGGGGAGCUCCUCAAGGUCUGGGCACUCGAGGACGUCCAGCGCUGGCGCCUCAAGCACGCCGUCCCAGUCGGCGGCGACAUCGUGGAGGGCGGCGGCGGCGAGGUGAGGUUCCUGGCGAUGCACCCGGAGAAGGACGCCGUGGUGUACCUGUGGUCGCCGUGGAAGGUGGUCGAGUACGACCUCAGCAAGCGGGAGCUCACCGGCGCGGCGUGGGAGUUCGCCAAGGGCGCGAGGAACCGUGUCGUCAAGACCUGGCUCGUCCCGUCCUCCUGCUACCUCUCCGAUUGCUUCGCCGAUGCUCCGGCCGGUGGCGCCAUGAUUUGAUUCCUUCAACUCGUUUCCUUUUCCGUCCUGUAAAUAAAUUAGUGUUACUUGUAGUAGUAAUGGGUAUUACCCAAAGAUUGCUUGUAUAUAUACUCUGUGAUUUGUUCUUUC